AUGUGUCUCUGCCUCGACCAUGCCGAAGUCGACUUUUAUGCCAUCGUCUCCGACUCUGGCGAGGAGAAGAGCUUCCGAGGAAUCCUCGACGCGCUGCAGCCCUGUGGGCAGGCCUUCGGCCGCUGGGACGUACCCCCCAGUAAUAUCAAUGGACCUGCGCCAAAGGUUGAAAUCGUCAACAUGUAUGACAUCCUGCCGGAGUUCUUUCGCGGAGACAACGUAACUCGGGAGAGCACGUCAUACAUCCUCGAUACGUACGGCAAGUUCGCCUACCAGUCCAUCAAGAAACUGGCGUCGGCGAUGCACUUCGAGUACGACCACGCACUCUGGCUCGACUCGGAAGCCAUUGCCGUUCGACCUUUUCGGCUCCGCCAGACAUUCGACACGCACAUCAAGGCGCCGGCCGUGUUCCGCUCGAGGAUGCGCAACACAGACUUCAUGGGAGAGAUCAUGAACAACUCGGCCAAGGUGCUCGGCCGAUCCAUCGACUCCUUCGGCCCAUUGCUCUGGACUCUGGAAAGCGUGCAGUGGAUCAUCGAGAGAGACGUGCUCCGCGACAUGGUGCGGUACGUCGAGGCCGCGCACGGCCGCGACUUCUGGUCCGUCUGGACCGAGAACCACGGUCCGUUCGAGAUCAACCUCUACAACCUGCACAUUGUGGCGCGGAAGCUAGAGACCGUGAGCUCCGUCUUCUCAAAGUACGCAGUUUUGGAGACGGAGCGAGAAAUGAUCCGAUUCGGCAUCGCACCCGCCUUUCCGGAGAUGGAGUUCCAAAAAGGCACCGGCUUCUUGGAAAGGGGGUACAAUCUCCUCCGCAGGCCCGAGAUCCAGCCCAACUUUUCCGCCUUUCUGCGGAGAUACGGCCAGCGCCUUUUCCGGCUCGAUGACUUGACCGUGGCACCGCCCGAGACUGUGACCAGAUUUAUCCUCGACACGCCGUUGGACCUUCUUGUGUGCGGAGCGCCGCCCUUGCACGGUUGGUGGCGCCACGGUCAGGAUGCUAGUCCGCCCGGAGUCGUGUGA